GCCUAUCUUUUUUGUUAUCAUAUUCUCUUCUUUUCUCUCUGAUAAUGUCUGAAGAGAAAGUGAGUUUAUCUGUGAAUGUUAAUGGUCAGUCUAAAGUGCCACCCGGGUUUCGGUUUCACCCAACUGAAGAAGAGCUUCUUCACUAUUACUUGCGCAAGAAAGUCGCCUACGAAAAGAUUGAUCUUGAUGUUAUUCGCGAUGUCGAUCUUAACAAGCUUGAACCAUGGGAUAUACAAGAGAAGUGCAAAAUAGGAUCAACUCCACAAAAUGAUUGGUACUUCUUUAGUCAUAAAGAUAAGAAGUAUCCUACCGGAACCAGAACAAAUCGUGCAACGGCUGCAGGCUUCUGGAAAGCCACAGGACGCGAUAAGGUCAUCUAUAGUAGUGUUACCAGAAUCGGUAUGAGGAAGACAUUAGUGUUCUACAAAGGGAGAGCACCUCAUGGUCAGAAAUCUGAGUGGAUAAUGCAUGAAUAUAGGCUUGAUGAGAUUACCAACCAAGAUGCCUGUGGUUCUACUCUGUGUGAUGCAACUCAAGAAGAGGGGUGGGUGGUAUGCCGUGUAUUCAAGAAGAAAAACUACCAUAAAGUGCUUGAGAGCCCGCAGAGACCGAUAACUGCCUCCAUGGACUCAAGGACACAACUACAAACGUUAAACAAAGAUAGUGCUCUUGAUCAACUACUCAUGUACAUGAGUAGCAACAGGUCUUGCAAACAAGAAACGGAGUCUUUAACCACAAACCACAACCCCAUGCCGCAAUUCAUGAACCCGUUUAGCGACAGAUUCUACCACCUUCCAAGGCUAGAAAGUCCCACCAUAACCUUGUCCCCGCACCAUAGCACAGCCUCAACCAACUUUGAUCAAGGAUUAACUUUCAAGCCCUAUGUAAAUGACUUCCUAACCGAACCCAAUCAAUCAACAAACGCAGACCAUGACUCACGCGAGCGUCUUGAUAACUGGUCAGACCUUGAAGGGCUUGUGACCACUCAACUGAACAGACAAGUGGACUCUACAAAGCAGUUAUACUCUUGCUUUGGUGAACCAAAUGAUGACUUCUGUUUCCCACUUGAUCAUGAAGAGCAAGAGCCAUCUAACCUCUGUGAUUCAACAACAACCAUUAGAUCAAACCAAAUGUACACGAGUGAGAUAGAUUUGUGGACCUUUGCUCGAUCAUCUUCGUCUUCCUCAUCCCCGGAUGCAUUAUGUCACUUAUCAGUAUAAGAUUAUCAAAAAAUAAUCACAUACAAUAAACUAGAAGAAAUACACGAGAAUAGGGGUUUAGGGUGGUUGCAUGAAUUGACCCAAGAAAAGGUGAUUGAGGCUAGGUAGCAUAUGGUUGAAAAAGAAAAGGAGAAAAGACAUUCUACACACAAAUUAUAUGAAAAAGGAAUGAAUAAGAAUUAGUGAAUAAAGGUGUAUGUUUGUAUAUGUGUAUUGGUGAUGGAUUUGUGGGGUGCAACAUCUCGUCCAUGCAUGUCAAGUAAUAACUAGGUCAUCCAUCACACUACAUAAGAAUAUCAAUAUCGUGCCUAUGUACAUGUAUAUAUACGUAGAUAUCAAUAAAAUAGCUAUU